AGAAAAGAAAAGAACAAAAGAAAUGAUUAUAUAUACACGGAGGAUAUUGAGCCUCCAUCAUCCUUCUGAAUUCACUAUCCAAGCACAGGCUCAGACAACUUCACCAUAGAACACUCCUAAAAGACUAUUCUCCUUCCACUAAACAUUGCACAUGGCUACUCGUCGCGAGUUUCUCUUGUACAAGUUGUGGAUUUGCCUUAUCACUGUCCUGCAUUUCACUGGAACAUUAUCACAAACCGACAAUUAUAUUGUUCACAUGGAUUUAUCGGCGAUGCCCAAGCCCUUUUCAGACCAGCAUCAUUGGUACCUGUCCACUCUUGCUUCUGUAUUUGAUGUCUCUGAUAGUAGCACCGCCAGGGCCAGUCCUGCCACUUAUUUGACUACCUCUUCUGAACUUCUUUAUAGUUAUACUCAUGUUCUCAAUGGUUUUAGUGCUAGCCUCACUCCAUCUGAGCUGGAGGCUUUAAAAAAGUCUCCAGGCUACAUUUCUUCCAUUAAAGACUUACCUGUCAAGCAUGAUACAACUCAUUCAACCAAAUUUCUUGGCCUUGCACCUCAGUCCCCAGCAUGGAAGGCAUCCAAUCUUGGUGACGGUAUAAUUAUCGGAUUGGUGGACUCAGGUGUUUGGCCAGAAAGCGAGAGUUACAAUGACCAUGGAAUGUCUGAAAUUCCAAAAAGAUGGAAAGGAGGGUGUCAAAGUGGAGCUCAGUUCAACUCCUCAAUGUGCAACAAAAAGCUCAUUGGAGCUCGAUUUUUCAACAAAGGCCUAAUUGCAAAUAAUCCCGACAUCACAAUAUCUUUGAAUUCGACCCGUGACACGGAUGGCCAUGGGACACACACAUCUAGCACGGCUGCUGGAAAUUACGUGGAAGGUGCAUCAUACUUUGGCUAUGCCAAAGGAACUGCUAAUGGAGUGGCUCCACGGGCACAUGUAGCCGUGUACAAGGCUCUGUGGGAUCACCAUGCCUAUACAACUGAUGUAAUUGCUGCAAUUGAUCAAGCAAUUAGCGAUGGUGUAGAUGUAUUAUCUUUGUCAUUAGGCUAUGGUGGAGUACCUUUGAAUGAAGAUCCUCUUGCCUUGGCAACAUUUGCAGCCACAGAGAAGAAUGUCUUCGUGUCCACUUCUGCCGGAAACGAUGGGCCUCUCUAUGAGACACUACAUAAUGGUAUACCUUGGGUGUUAACAGUUGCUGCUGGUACUCUAGACCGUGAAUUCGAUGCAGUUUUGGCACUUGGCAAUGGGAUUUCAAUCACGGGCUCAUCUUUCUAUUUGGGGAGUUCAUCGUUUAGCGAAGUACCACUCGUUUUCAUGGAUAGAUGUGACAGCGAAUUGAUUAAAAUUGGACCGAAGAUCGUGGUCUGUCAAGGUGCGUAUGAGAGUAACGACUUAAGUGAUCAAGUUGAAAAUGUGAGAAGUGCAGGUGUUACUGCAGGUGUCUUCAUAACAAAUUUCACAGACACUGAAGAAUUCAUCGGUGAUGGGUUUCCAGUUGUGAUUGUGAAUUUAAAGGAUGGAAAAACCAUCAUAGAUUACAUCAAAAGCAGCAACAGUCCACAAGCAAGCGCGGAAUUUCGGAAAACAAAUCUGGGGAUCAAAUCAGCUCCAAGAGUUGCUAGUUACAGUUCUAGAGGACCAUCCUCGAGCUGUCCAUUGGUCUUGAAGCCUGACAUUAUGGCUCCUGGUUCACUAAUCUUAGCAGCAUGGCCUCAAAAUGUUUCAGUGGAUUUGAACGAUUCGCAGCCUAUUUUCAGCAAUUUCAAAAUAUUGUCAGGGACAUCCAUGGCUUGUCCGCAUGCAGCUGGAGUGGCUGCACUCUUGAGGGAGGUACACCCUGAUUGGAGCCCAGCUGCCAUUCGAUCAGCCAUGAUGACCACGGCUGAUAUAACGGAUAACACUAUGGAACCUAUUAAGGACAUUGGUUCAGGUAAUAGAAUAAAUCCAGCUAGUCCUCUAGCCAUGGGAGCUGGACAAGUUAAUCCCAACAAAGCUCUAGACCCGGGUCUCAUUUAUGACGCUAAUUCAACUGAUUAUGUGAGAUUACUUUGUGCCACAAACUUCACCGAAAAACAAAUCCAAGUUAUCACAAGAUCAUCUUCUACCGAUUGUUCCAACCCAUCCACUGACCUCAACUACCCUUCUUUUAUCGCCUACUUCAACGAGAGAUUUUCGCCAUCAAAUUUGACAAGUGUGCGCGAAUUUCAUAGGACCGUGACCAAUGUUGGAGAGGGAAUUUCUACUUACACAGUAAGUGUGACUCCCAUGAGUGGGUUAAAAGUCAAUGUCAUGCCAGACAAGUUGGAGUUCAAGACCAAGUAUGAGAAGCUAAGUUACAAACUGACUAUUGUAGGUCCAGCACUUCUGGACGAAGCAGUCACUUUUGGUUAUCUCAGUUGGGCUGAUGCUGGGGGUAAACAUGUUGUCAGGAGUCCUAUAGUGGCUACAAGUUUUAUCCCAGAUGAUCCAGAUGAUGAAGAAAUCAAAGGUUCUUAACCGUAAGAUUAA